AUGCAUGCAAUGUUAGAUAUGAAGCAGGCUCACCAGAAGAAGAUUGUACAGACAUUAAAGGACCCAAAAAAGCCCAUCUACUUUCUUCAUUCCACUUCGCGGACUCACCUGAUCUUGGUGACGCCGGACCGAAAAGUGACAAAACAGGACCCGGGCCGAGCGUCUGCCGAGUCCACCCGGGAGCGUGGAUCAUCUAAUCCCGUCCAGACACGAUCCCAGCUCAGUGUCAUGAUGACACCUAGAGACAGCGACAGCAGCUACACUGCCACGGCAGCCUCCAAACUCUCACUCCCAGUUUAUAAUACAGACCCCGAAAAGCAACUUGAACUGGACUACGAAAAACCCAGGUCAAAAAGUGGCGCGCCCAUUACCCACAACCCCAACUCCUCCAGCGACACCACAUCUACCCCGCACAGCCAACUAGACACGGAUCGUGACUUCGAGACAACAUCCUUUCACCGCAACCACGAUGGCAAUGUCCCUCUUUCUAAUGAAAAAAGGGAAGGCGACCCCGGAGAUCCCCCCGGUCUUGGGUCUAACCCCCUGACCCUUCACCCCUCCACUGCGCCAACCACUGCCAGCACGAUUGACUUUCCCGAGGGCGGCGUGACAGGAUGGCUGGUGGUAUUUGGGUCGUUUUGUGCUAUGUUGUCGCUGUACGGGUUGAUCAAUUCCGCUGCGGUGUUUGAGUCGUGGUUCGAGACGCAUCAGCUGAAGGAGCACACGCCGAGUGAAAUUGGCUGGGUGUUUAGUCUUUAUUUGUUCAUUGUGUUCUUUGUAGGUAUCCAGAUCGGGCCAAUAUUUGAUCGGUUUGGGGCUAGGGUGUUGGUGGCGGGAGGGUGUUUGAUGAUUUUUGGGAGUCUGUUGCUGUUGAGCUGGUGUGAAGAAUACUAUCAAAUCAUCCUCACCUACGCUGUCAUGGGAGGCCUAGGCGGCGCACUUCUCAACUCACCCGCCUAUGGUUCCAUCGCGCAUUUCUUCAACCGCCGUCGAGGUCUUGCCACCGGUAUUGCCACCACAGCCGGCGGUGUCGGUGGUGUCAUCUUCCCGAUCCUCCUGCGCGAGCUGCUCCCUAGUGUUGGCUUCGCCUGGAGCUGCCGCAUCCUCGCCUUCAUCAUGCUUGGGCUUGCCGUCCCUUGCAAUCUCUUCAUCAAAACGCGACUGACACCUUCCAAGGGCCAUGUCCAGUCCGUCUGGCCCGACCUUACCGUUUUUAAAGACGCCCGCUUUGCCUUUGCUUCGCUGGGUAUCUUCUUCAUGGAGUGGGGAUUAUUCGUCCCGCUUACGUUCAUCGUGUCCUAUGCUGCCGCCCAUGGCCGGGACGAGACCGAGAGUUACCUGCUCCUCUCGUACCUGAACGCCGGCUCUGUUCUGGGUCGGGUGCUUCCCGGAUUUGUUUCGGACCACUUUGGCCGGUUCAAUAUCAUUAUCUUGACGAUCGCGUUGUGCGUUAUCACAGUCCUCGCUCUCUGGUUGCCUGCGCAUGGUUCCCAGCCCAUGCUCAUUGCCUAUUCCGUUCUGUUUGGGUUCGCCAGUGGUAGCAAUCUGGGUCUGGUGCCCGUGUGUCUUGGACAGCUCUGCGAUCAUCGCAAGUUUGGCCGGAUGUACACCACUGCCAUGAUGGUGGCCAGCUUCGGCACUCUCACAAGUCUACCCAUUGCUGGUGCGAUUGUAGACACCAAAGAUGGAUGGGACUAUUUGAUCAUUUUUGCAGGCAUUUCGUAUGUCGUCGCGCUGAUUUGCUACGUGGCAGCCCGCGUUCUUGCAGUUGGAUGGAGUCCACGAACAAUCUUUUAA